AUGGUCGCGGAGGGGCCUGGGGGGGGUCCCCGGAGGAAGCUCGACGGGGAGCGUCCUGGCUCGAGGGGCAUCACUGUGGGAUUUGGGGGACAGGCCCGGGAGGCCCUGAGACUGGGGGUACGCGUCGCCCCUCGGCGAGUUCCUUGCCUGCGGGAGGACUUCACUGCGCAUGCUCGGAACGCCCACUGGCGCGGCACGCCUGCCACUCACGGCCGGGCACCGCCCACGUCCGCACCUGGGCCCGCCCUGCAGCGCGUCCCAUUGGUCCGCUCCGUGGGCGGGCUCGGCAGGCAGCGAGGAUCUUCCUGCUCCAGCCUAAGGCGCGGCGGUGACGCCCAGCUGGGCAGGUCCGGGCGGCGCGCCGGGCACUUUCAUGCGCCGAGUCCCCGGCCUGCAAGUGCGGGCCUGCGCCCGGGGAGGCGGCGGCAGCGUCUGGCCUCGUGUGGCGACUCGCCGCGCGCAGAGCAGGUCUGGAUCCGGGGCCAGGAGCACCCUGGCUCGCCCUGGGCAACACCCUGCCUCCCCUGCCCCUCGGGAGCCACCUCCUCAUCCCCCUUCGAGAGCCUCUCCUUCCCUAGCCACGCCCCUUCCAUCCCACCCCAACUCAGGCAUCCAGUCUAUGUGAGACGAGACCCCAGCAUCCCCACAUAUGGCCUGAGACAGUCCAUCCUACUGAACACCAGGCUCCAGGACUGCUACGUGGACUCACCAGCUCUCACCAACACAUGGACGCCCAGGAAGUGUGCAAGGCAGGGCCCUGGUGCCCCCGCAACACCGCCCACCUCUUCUUGGGAAGUCGUCAAGAAUCCGUUAAUUGCCAGCAGCUCCUUCUCUCUGGUGAAGCUUGUACUCAGACGUCAACUGAAGGAUGAAUGUGGCUGCCCUGUGCCGCACACGCUUGAACAAGCAAAGCCCUCCAAGAGAUUCAAGCCCAAGGAGGGCCCAGUGGUGGAAACCACCCAAGAGCCCAGACCAACGACUUCCGUCCGUUCCCAGAGCCAGCUGCCAGGCGAGCUGCAGUCCGAAGAGCUCAGACGCAAACAGCCAGCAGGCGGCAUCAGCCAGAGGAAGGAAAGUUCAAAGGAGAGAAAAGCCAGCUCCCGCCAAGAUCUUGAGGCCAGAUAUGCCGAACAUGUGGCCGCCACCCAAUCGCUCCCUUGGGACAGCAGGGUAGCAGCCUGGGAGGCUCAGGCCCAGCUUCCUGAAGCCAGAAUGAGGCUUCAGUCGUCGGAGGACACACUCACCAUUCACGGUCUCCCCACUGAGGGUUACCGGGCUCUGUACCACGCCGUGGUGGAGCCAAUGCUGCGGAAGCCCUCAGGGACCCCCAAGAGGUACAGCCUGGAGCUGGGCAAGGCUGUCAAGCAGAAGCUCUGGGAGGCCCUGUGCAGUCAGGAUGCCGUCCCUGAAGGUGCCCAAGACCCGUCACUGGGCGGGCAGUGGCCUCAUGUCAAAGAGGGGCUAGGGCUGAAGAAAUGGCCCAAGUUAAGGAGUAACUAA